CUCCGCCUUUUUGUUUUGUUACACAUGGUUGAACAUACUUCUGGAUAUGGAAAUCCCCACAGAGGUGAGCCUUUAAAAGCUGCAGCCAGAGAAGAGCAGCAGCCUCCAGACCUGCAGAUCUCCUCCAGAUCUCCUACAGAUCUCCUCCAGAUCUCCUCCAGGCUGCAAGCUGACAGGAUGAACCGGAUGACCUUUGACCACGAGAACCAGAAGCGCAUCCAGGCCGUGGAGAGCUCGUUUGGCCCGGCGGGGCAGACGCUGCUGAAGUCGGGGCGCAUUCUGAUGGGAGAGGGUCGUCUGAUCAAGCAGUGUCGCAGGAAGAAGAAAGCAAAGGCUUUCUUCCUCUUUAACGACAUUCUGGUUUACGGCAGCAUCCUCCUGAACGGACGCUGGCACAACGAGCAGAGAAUCAUCCCUUUAGAGGACAUCCAGCUGCAGGACAUGGAGGAAAACGAGGAGCUGAAGCAUCAGUUCCUGAUCCGUACUCCGCAGAAGUCCUUCUUCGUGUCGGCGCAGUCGUGUGAGGAGAAGCAGGCCUGGAUGAGUCACAUCAGGCAGUGCCAGGCCGCCCUGCAGAAGGCCGGCAGGACCAGGGCCUCCUCCUCCUUCGCCAACUCCUGGAUCCCCGACCAGGCGGCCUUCAAGUGCAUGCGCUGCUUCAGCAACUUUAGCGCCACCAGGCGCCGACACCACUGCAGAAAGUGCGGCUUCCUGGUCUGCAACCGCUGCUCCAAGCAUCGUGCGGUGAUCUCCCACAUCCACCCCACCAAGAUGCAGAGGAUCUGCAGCCUGUGCCACGGCAAGCUCAAAGACGAAGGCGCGAUUCGGCAGAGGGGCGGCAGCACGGGCAAGAACAGCACCGACGAGGAGGAGGAGGAGGACCUGGCGGAGUCCAGUGAAGAAGAGGAGCAAGACUUGAUCCAGAUCCACAUUCCCAGUAACUGGCUGGACCUGCGUCACGGCACCUGGGGCCGGAUGAGCAGAACGGAAGUACAACAGUAAAAACACAAAUUCACUGCAUGAAGUGAAUUAAUGUCUAGAGAUACAAGCUCAGCCGUUUACAGGGCUUUCAUUCAAAUACAACACCAGAGGGCAAAGGCCAAGUUUCAAUAACAGUUUCUUGUGGAUUUAUAAAUGAAGAAAAAUUGAGAUCUCUUUCCAGAAAAUGCCUAACAAAGCAGGAGCAGAGGAAGAAGUAGCAGGAUGUGUCAUUUAAAACACCAUUUCCACUGUCAGAUGAAGAAAAUAUGAUUAAAAACACUCUCUUGCUCUCUGCCCAAAGACUAAUCCAGCUGGUUUCAUUUGUUAGUUCAUUAAAAGCACUCAGUUUUAAAUAAAAGAUUUGCACUAACUGUUUUCAGUUUUACAUUUUGAUACAUUAUUUAAAAUUCCAAAAAAUACUUUUGUAAAAUAAAUAUCUUUUUUUUCCACAGCUUGAACUCUGAAUGACAGAUAAUAUUUCAUCCAUUAGCCCCAUCUGUAUUAUCUAAAAUAUUUCAAUAUGUCAAAGUUGGCUUAAAACACCUUAAUGCACCUUUUGAUCCUGAUCAAAUAUAUUCUAAAUAAUAUAUAUAUAUAUAUAUAUAUAUAUAUAUAUAUAUAUAUAUAUAUAUAUAUAUAUAUAUAUAUAUAUAUAUAUAUAUAUAUAUAUAUAUAUAUAUAUAUAUAUAUAUAUAUAUAUGUAUAUUGGACACCACGUUGAUUCUCACUGGAUUUCAUUAAAAGAUUUAUGCAAUGUGCAGAAAAAACAGGCUUAGUGGAGAUUGAAGGAUAAAAUGUCCACCUCAUUACUCAACAUAGCUAAUGUACUCAUCUAUCAUCCGAUUUCCAUCAAUGUAAAGUUACUAAAAUAUGAUGGUUUUCCCAGUAAAGGGUUAAAUAAAGUAAUUGCAUUCAAGCAUGUUUGGUGCUUUCAUUUAUGUUUUAGCUUCAUUGACUCGUAAACUGCUGGGAGUGUUUUAUGGAACUGUUUAAUGAUGUUGGAAUGGUUUCAGUGUGACAACUGUGACUGGUUCUGAUCGUCUGCACUGCGAAUACACACGCUAGUUAACCGAUGCGGAAGUUAGAGGCCAAACAAUGCACCUGAAUACACACUGACUUAGUUUCACCUAACAAGAGCAGCCAAGGAGACGUCAGCAUUUGACAUUUAUGACAGAGAACGUUCGGGUUCUAGAGGUGCCAGUAACACGAUUGGGAUUACCGGUAUAUCAGGGUCAGUUCAGAAUUCAGUAUUUGUUAACAGCUUUCAUUCACAACUUGUUGAUCUAAUGGUCCUUUUUACACUUGAAUAGAAAAUGCAGCAAACCCAACGAGAGCCCUACAAGAGCGGCACACAAUGUCAGUGGCGUAUAAUGGUGACUUCUGAAAGAUAAAAGUGCAUUUAAAAUCUUUCUCGAUCAGUUCAAACCUAAAGCAGAUUCACUAGAAUAUGUUCCAAUGUAGCCUGAACCAGUUCAAACUAAUAAGCUGUCACAAAAAGUGGAGAGUUCAUGUUCAUUGUCAUUAUUUUAGCCUUGUCUGUCAUUAAAUAUUGAUGUUAAAAUGUCUCAUACUGACACUGAUUAGAGCUUUAACAGCUUCAUCCCAUCUAAAGCCUUUCUGCACUAUCGCUCUAUCAUAUUUUGAGAACUUACAGUAAGUCAGUGUUUUGAUUAUUCUGUGAGAUUUGAACAUUCUUGUGAUAAGACUUUAUGAGAAAUGGCUUGACUCGUGUUUCUUGUUUAUGACAGCAGUGAUGUGGAUCCUUUUGUUAUGAGCUGACUGUAAGCGACAAGGAGAAUCUGGUGCUUUUCGGUCUGCGGUACUCUCUGCUAUCUGCGUAAUCCACUGUAUGCCACGUUAGGUAACAAAAAUCUGUCUGCUCUGCUGUGGUAUCAAUCAAACUAUCAAAACAAGGAGCCAUUUCUCUGAAUGUGGAGUCAAACUGGUUUUUCCCGUUUACACACGCAAGGAGGAAGGUUAUCUUCUUACAUCAGCACUCACAGUGAUGCAUAAUGCUGAGAUCCUUGUCCAUUUGAUCCAUCCAAUUUUGUAAUGAAUUUGAAAUUGUGAUUUCUAUGAACAGAAUAAUAAAGCCAGUUUAUUACGCUUCUC